CGGCGGGAGAUUGCGAACUGGAAACACGUGGUUCACGAAUGAUGUUGUCAUUAUCACACUGGAAAUUGACAUCGUUCUGAAAGUAAACAGGGUCAGGUGUCCAGGAUGCCUGGGGUGUUGCGAUAUUUCCGAUGCCCGGGACUAAACCAGGGAGCAGCUGAAGUGACCACUGCCAAGAUCAACAAAGUCUUGCAGGGGACAUUGGUCAAAACUAUCGACACAGAAACUUGUAUCUAUGUACAGAAUGAUGGUAUUGCUCUUGAUCCAGAGGAAGAGAGGAAGUUGCAGUGGAUCUUCUCCAUCCCAUUCCAGGCCCACAAGCUGCAGACUACCUCCAGUCUCCAUGAUUCUCCCUCAACCCUCCUCCUAGAAGUGGGCCCUAGGUUAAACUUCUCAACAGCAUUCUCCACCAAUGCUGUAUCAAUCUGCCAGUCAGUUGGUCUGAGCAAGAUAUCGAGGAUUGAAGAGUCCACACGCUACCUCAUCACCUUCACCAGCGAUACUAAACCUUCAACUGCGGAGGAAGACCUCAUUCUAUCUCAACUGUAUGACCGUAUGACACAAUGUAGAUACCUCAAACCAUUAGAGAGCUUCAAGCUGUCUGUGCGGACGGAGCCUGUGUUUGAAGUGGACAUCAUGGGACGUGGGCGGUCAGCUUUAGAAGAAGCAAACAAAGAACUUGGCCUUGCGUUUGAUGACUGGGACCUGGACUACUACACAGACUUGUUUGUAGACAAAGUGAAGAGAAACCCAACCAGCGUGGAGUGUUUUGAUCUAGCACAAUCAAAUAGUGAACACAGUCGACACUGGUUCUUCAAGGGUCGGAUGGUAAUCGAUGGUGAGGAGAUGAAUCGGUCUCUUUUUAAGAUGAUCAUGGACACCCAGCUUUCCAGCAACAAAAAUAAUGUCAUUAAAUUCAAUGACAAUAGCAGUGGUAUCAAUGGUCAUCCGGUCACAUGCCUGGCCCCAGCUGACCCUACUGCACCCAGCAGGAUGGUCAAGAAAGAAAAUAUCCUACAACACGUCAUCUUCACCGCGGAGACUCACAACUUCCCUACAGGAGUGGCUCCGUUCCCGGGAGCAACAACAGGCACCGGUGGGCGUAUCAGGGAUGUUCAGAGCACAGGCAGAGGUGCUCAUGUUGUAGCAGGCACUGCUGGUUACUGCUUCGGUAACCUCCACAUUCCAGGUUACAAACUCCCGUGGGAGGACGAGCAGGUGAAGUAUCCCCCGAAUUUUGCCCCUCCCCUGGAGGUCGCUGUGGAGGCCAGUAACGGUGCCUCAGACUAUGGCAAUAAGUUCGGUGAGCCAGUUCUGGCAGGUUUUGCCCGGUCAUUUGGGAUGAUCCUCCCGGAAGGUGAGAGGAGGGAGUACAUCAAGCCGAUCAUGUUCAGCGGGGGUAUUGGGGCGAUGGACGGCAGACAUGUCCACAAGGCCGAGACAGAGAAAGGAAUGAAGGUUGUGAAGAUUGGUGGCCCUGUGUUCCGGAUUGGUGUGGGGGGAGGGGCAGCCUCGUCUGUGCACGUUCAGGGGGACAACAAGGCUGACCUGGACUUCGGGGCUGUUCAGCGGGGUGAUGCAGAGAUGGAGCAGAAGCUGAACCGCCUCAUCCGGGGCUGUGUGGAGCUGGAGACGAGGAACCCCAUCUGCAGCAUACACGACCAGGGUGCAGGGGGUAAUGGCAAUGUCCUCAAAGAGAUCUGUGAGCCAUCAGGCGCCAUCAUUCGAGCUGAUGACUUCCAGCUGGGUGACCCGACACUCAGCAUCCUAGAGCUGUGGGGCGCUGAGUACCAGGAGAGCAACGCCAUCUUGGUGCGGCCCAAGGACGUGGAAUGCCUGAAGCAGCUGGGGCAGAGAGAGCGGUGUCCCGUGUGCUUCGUGGGGACAAUCACAGGAACAGGGAGGAUUCAGUUACAAGACUUCAGCUCAAGAUCUGGUGAGGACACACCCGAGUCUAAGAUGGCGAAGACAGAUGCUGUGUUGCCGGUAGACCUGGAGCUGGAGCAUGUGCUGGGGUCAAUGCCCAGGAAGGUUUUCAAGCUAGAACACAUGACACCUGUGCUGACACCUAUCAAACUGCCGGACAACUUGCUGGUGAGAGAUGCCCUGGAACGAGUCCUGCGCCUGCCGUCUGUUGCCAGUAAGCGAUACCUCACAAAUAAGGUGGACCGGUCGGUGACGGGACUGAUCGCCCAGCAGCAGUGUGUGGGUCCACUACACACACCUCUCGCAGACGUGGCCGUCACCGCUACCUCAUACUUCGAUGCAGUCGGUGCAGCGACUGCUAUCGGAGAGCAGCCAAUCAAAGGUCUGAUCAACCCCGAGGCUGGUGCCCGGAUGGCUGUUGCGGAGUCUCUCACUAACCUCAUGUUUGCAAGUGUCACAGAUCUCAAGGACAUCAAGUGUAGCGGCAACUGGAUGUGGGCAGCCAAGCUGCCAGGAGAGGGCGCCGCACUGGUGGAUGCGUGUAAGGCCAUGUGUGACCUGAUGGGGAAGAUCGGCAUCGCCGUGGAUGGAGGCAAGGACUCACUCAGCAUGGCAGCGCGAGUAGGGGAUGAAACUGUCAAAGCUCCAGGAACAUUGGUGAUAUCAUCCUAUGCUGCCUGUCCAGAUGUCACAAGAACAGUGACCCCUGACCUCAAGUGUCUUGGGGGCGAAGGUACGCUGUUGUAUGUGAACCUGAGCAGCAGUGUGACCCUAGGUGGGUCAGCCCUGGCGCAGUGCUACAACCAGAUCGGGGACGACGUGUCCGAUGUCCUGCAGCCCGAGCUCCUGGUCUCGGCCUUCAGAGUGAUGCAGACUCUGCUUGAAGAGCGGCUUGUGACAGCAGGGCACGAUGUGAGUGAUGGAGGGCUGAUCACCUGUCUGUUGGAGAUGGCGUUUGCUGGCAACUGUGGCAUUGACGUCAGUCUACACACUCUAGAGGAUGAAGAUGAGAUCGUGGACUUCCUGUUCUGUGAGGACCUCGGGGUGAUCCUGGAGGUCCGGACUGGGGACGAGGAGGAGGUCAUCGAGAUGUUUGACGAUGAGAAUGUACCCUGCGUCCCUAUUGGCCGAUCCAAGGCUUUAUCUGACAGGGUUGUGAUCAGCGUCAAUGACGAGGAGGUGUUGAUUGAGUCGACGAUGGUGCUGCGAGACAUCUGGGAGGAGACAAGUUUCCAGCUGGAGCGUCUCCAGGCCAACCCCCACAUGGUGCAGCAGGAGCAGGAGGGACUCAAGUCUCGCAGAUUCCCCCCCUACCAACUCCCCUUCUGUCCCGACGAUGACAUCAAGAUCAACAAGGAAUUGGAUCAGCUGCCGAUGGUGGCGGUGUUGAGGGAGGAAGGCAGCAACGGUGACCGCGAGAUGUGUGCGGCAUUCACGUCUGCAGGGUUCGAGGUGUGGGACAUCAACAUGCAGGAUCUGCAAGAUGGCAAGGUUGACUUGGACACAUUCCGAGGACUUGCAUUUGUCGGGGGCUUCAGCUAUGCCGAUGUUUUGGGUUCAGCUAAAGGCUGGGCAGCAGCUGCUCUCUUCAAUCCCACAAUCAAGGAGCAGUUUGAGCGAUUCCGCCAGCGUCCAGACACCUUCAGCCUGGGUGUGUGUAAUGGCUGCCAGCUGAUGGCGCUCCUUGGAUGGGUAGCACCAGAUCCGUCAGAAGUGGGUUUGAGUGAGCAGGGCCUGCUGCUGGACCACAACGACUCGGAGCGCUAUGAGUCACGCUUCGUGACAGUGCAGGUACAGGACAGCCCAGCAGUCAUGCUCAAGGGCAUGGAGGGAACAACGUUUGGCAUGUGGGUGUCACACGGUGAAGGCAAAAUGGUUUUCAAAACAGAUGGCUUACAUCAUGACAUCCUCUCUAACAACCUUGCGCCUGUCCGCUACGUCAAUGACGAUGGUGAAGUGACAACCAACUACCCUCUCAACCCCAAUGGGUCUCCCGAUGGCAUAGCAGCAGUGUGUUCUCAAGAUGGCCGCCACCUGGCGAUAAUGCCACACCCAGAGCGGUGCUUCCUCACCUGGCAAUGUCCGUGGAUGCCGUACGAAUGGCGAGAGGACAACACAUAUUCACCGUGGAUCCGGAUGUUCCUCAAUGCCUACAACUGGUGUGUGCAAUAGACUGUGAGAGUAGGAUGUUUCUUCUAGUUAUUGGCCGGUCACAGAUUUCAGCUGUUGUAAAUGGAUAUCAGCCAGCUCAAUGUAAGUAGAGAGACACUGUAUUGAUGAACCAGGUGCGUGUUGAUAUCAACAGAUUGCAUAUUGAUGUCAGAAAACUCAUAUCAAUAUUAAGAACUUUGUGUGAACUGUAUAUGAAUCUCAAUAUAACAUUGAUAUCAAUCAACUCAACAUGGAUAUCAAGAACUCCAUUUUGAUAUCAAGUGGGUAUCAAUGUAGAUGUCUACUUCAUAUGGAUUAUCAAGCACCACUGUGAAUAUGGAUAUCAGCUUACUCAAUAUGGAUAUCAAGAACUCAAUGUAGAUAUCAAGCAACUCUGUGUUGAUAUCAACAUGGGAAUGUCAAACACCUCCAAUGAAUAUCAAGCACCUCCAUGUGCAUAUCAAGAAACAGACAUCAUGCUUUUGUUCAUGGACAUCCAUUUUAGGUUGAUAUCAACUCCCCAGGGCUACCCAGUGACUGGAUAUGCAUCACAACCUACUACUAUCAACUCCCCAGGGCUACCCAGUGACUGGAUAUGCAUCACAACCUACUACUAUCAACUCCCCAGGGCUACCCAGUGACUGGAUAUGCAUCACAACCUACUACUAUCAACUCCCCAGGGCUACCCAGUGACUGGAUAUGCAUCACAACCUACUACUAUCAACUCCCCAGGGCUACCCAGUGACUGGAUAUGCAUCACAACCUACUACUAUCAGUAUACACUCUGAUGUCAUGUUACAUAUGCUUUCAAAUAACAGAUGAAUAUGUGAGUGUAGGACAUGACUUGGCGCUGAAUGCACCAAGAGUCUGGCUGAACACUGUUUGAGAUGAGCUACUGUGAGAUACAUAUAGCCCUUUGUGUGAUUCUGUACAGUCUCACUUGUUCUGGAGAUGGCGUCCUUGUUAGUCGUUACUGAUCUGUCAUUCGUAAGAUAAUCCAUUAUUACUGAAUACUUCAGUAGCUGACUGUUACUGACGUUUUAUGUAGGAAUCUUUACAUGUAUCCUCCCAAAUGUCCAAAUGUAGCAUGUUUUUUGUCCUGUGUCACCUGUCACACAGUUUUAACAUACAGUAUUGAAGUGUGAGGUUGAGGCAUUAACAACCUACUUACUGUUUCUUUUCAAUGCUUACAUUAUAUACAUAUAAAGCAGUGUUUCAUGACUAAAUACAUAAUAAAGUUUUAGAUUUGAAACAAGAGAGGGAAACUGUUGAUUACACCACACAUGACUUUGAGAUUGGCAUGUAAGCUGAAGAAGUCGACAAAAGCCUAUGGCCACUCAGGCACUGUUUAGUACUGAUGUUGACAUGACACAUUCACAGUCUCACUUUCCGGGGAUCAAUAGCUGCAUUGACAAUAUCUUUAUCCCAAUAUAUCAAGGUCAUGUGAGAUGAUUUAAGAUUGUGACAGGCCUUCUUUUCAAAGUUGUCUCCCUUGUGCGGACAAAUAGCUAUAAUCAUGAGUAUACUUAUGAGGUGACGCAUUGGCAGCUGAAAGUAAGUGUGUUUAUUAACAUAGGUGGACAAAUUUCAAAACUAUGACCUUGGUUAUUUAGUAUGUGUUUUAACCCAAUGGUGUAAAUAUAUAUCCUCAAAGUUCACAAUUUGAUGCAGUUGCAGUAACAAGGCUAGAUGGACAUUAUUUCAAGGGGAAGACCCCAUUAUGACAACCUCACAAACACAACUUACCAUGUGCUUUUGUUAUUAAGCACAUGGGUUUAUCUUGGCCUGGUCAGAGGCUGAUAUUCAGCCCCAGGUCUGUUCUAGAUAUCAGUAGAACUUCCCAACUUGGAAUUAUGAUUUCCUGUUUUCAUGUUAAUAUUGUUGUGUCUAAUAGUAUCGUUUUGGAAAGGUGACUUGCAUUUCACUGAGAACAGGACCAAGGAAGAGACAUUAUACAAAUGAAUACAAUGUUGUAAUACCUCUGAAUUUAAGAAAAUUUUGACUUUACAUAAAACAACAACAACUUUUCUCCACAAGCCUAAGAAAUCUUUGCUAAAAGCAGUGUUGAAUUAUUAUUCUGACUAUCUCAUGAUGUAAAAUUCCUAGUUUUGCACAAUAAUGAUUUUUUCAAAUUUGCCAGCCUAGGCACUUAAUUUAGAAUCUGUGAUAAGUCCCUGAAGCACAUCUCUAGAACAUCAUAUUCUUGUUGUGCUAUUGAAAUCCAUGAGCAUGGAGUAUGAUAUAUUCAGGCAGGUAAUGUUUGUAGGCCCCUGUACAUUAUGCUGUCUGUUGAUGAGACAAGACACGUUUCAUUGACUUUCAUACUUUCUCUCUCCAUUAUUGUUAUAUGUUGCAUUGUGGGGUUUGGAGAUAUUGUUUUUCACCUGGGCAGAGUUAUGUCCCUUGGCUUUGGACUUGUCAGUUCUACUUUUGGCCUCUCCACAGUGGUAUUGAUGUGUACAGACAGCAACCCUGUGCUUGCCUCUUUAAACAUAUGAACACAUUAACCAGGCCGAGUCAUUUUCAAAUCUGACAAAUGCAAAGAUGUCUGACCUCAAUCUGUGCCAAAGCCUUUCAAGUCUACUGGUCCGAAAAGGUAUUUUGGCAUUUUUUUUAGUAGACUUUACCCUUAGUAUAUGGACUUUAGUAUAUGGACUAGUAUAAGCUGGUCUUACUAUACUGGAAGAAAUUUUUCUUGACUUAGACUGUGACCUGGUGAAUACAUCUUCCGAGGCAAGCGAGUUAACUGUCUGUAAAUGACCAGUUUCCACCCUUGCCAAACUAGUUUGCAAUUUUGUGGUUCGGAUGUAGCACCACCAGUGACGAUUAUGGAUUGUGUCCCUUCUAUGUCCUUCCUAUUGACCAAUCAACCUCUCAUAUCAGUUGCAUUUGCUUCAAACAAAAUUGCAGUGCCCAGUGAAGACAAUCUGAUCGAUAAUCGAGAUCUUUUUGUAAUAAAAUGGGUCUUAUCUCGCAGAGUAGAUCAAAACACUUGAGCACCUUCAUAAAAAACAUGAACAGAUUUGGAAAACAUCUGUCGACGCCUAUUAGACGGUACAUUUGCUCUGCAAAUCCGGCAAUCAAUUGAAAUCAGCACGGCAGUUGCCGUGUUGUUUAUGAACUGAAUGUUGAUUUCGUUCCAAAAGUUUGAAUGGACGAUGUAUAGACUCGUUACUCCAGCCAAAAUAUAACUCCAUAACUCAAACCUAGUUUGGCAAGAGUGGAAAUUGGACUUUUAUAGUGGGUUAACUCCCUUGCCUCGGGAAGAUGUGGUGAACAUGAAAUGUCAGUCUCCAUGUUUUGUUAAGUGUUAACAGAAUGAAGGAACAGACUUAUUUGCUGUAGAUGUCUCUCAUGUUGCUAGAUAUGAAGCCAAUGUUCUUGGGACCAUUGCUUUGCUUUAGCAUGCGUGUUACUUGAAGUCAUUAUUUGAUCAUUGUCUGUAUUGUAGCCAGCAUAUGAAUGUCAUGCCAAGUACCUGGGGGCACGGGAGCUGAAGCCUUCUAAAACCAAGCAAGCAUUGUGCAGAGUUUUGUCCCUUAUAUGUAUCAGAAUCCCAGAUUCUCCCUGGCAAUGUUUCUAGGUUUGUUAGCACCAUUUCUUGAGGGGUUAAAAUUAGUGGAAAACAUCUAAGACCUGUAUCACAUUUGGGCUUUCCUCCCACAUGAAGCUGACACCAUAAUAUUGCUGAAAUACAGUUGAAUGCAAACUAAACUCACCCAGAGUGGACAACUGAGUGUUUGUUGUUAGUUUGCUCCUUCGAGGAGGCCUGAAUUACAAGGCAAGACGGUCAUUGUAUGUGGAGAGGACUGAAUAUGCCUAAGUUGUGGGCCUGAGUUUGUACGUGAAAAUGAUUUUAGCAGUUUAUGUUAAUGCUGUAAAUAGAUGUAGCAGAGCUGUCACCUGGAAUUGUAAGAAGUAUUGUUCAGAAUUGUUCAGGAUGAAAUGAUGUUCAAUGAGAAUGUCAUGGACUUGAAGCCUGAGGAUCAAACCAUUUGCCAAUAUCUGUAAGUGGAAUUUCAGAAGCUCCAGUAACACAGACACUGGACAUGGUUAUAUAGCUUAGGAUUACAUACACAGACAUUAAUUAAAACAACACACAACGGUGACAAUCACGUUGUUGGUUGUUUUGUAUGGAAAAAAAUAGAGAAAUAGGAAUCCAUAAGUUGAUCAACUCUUGAAUCAUUUGGAUGUUUUAGGGAAUUUAAUAUCCGCCCUUAUUGGCAUGGUUUAUCAAUGUUAGGGGAAGACACCAUGUGUAGAGUCCAAGCUAUUCCUCAGUGCCUUUCCAGCUGGCGAUUGGAGUUUAUAAGUUAAUAUUUAAGAGAAAAGAACUGAUUCUUCAAGAACUUCCCUAGUCAGAGAGUUGCAAAAUAGUGGUCGUGUCUAUAACUGUUAUGGGGAGAGAAUUCAAUAGCUUUUUGUUGGUAAAAAGAUUUUGCUUUGAAAAAUUUAGAAAACUGUAAAAUUGUGUAGAAUUAUGAUUGCUGUUUUCAAAAAGGCGGCAGAAAACUAGAAAAUGAGAAUGGAUCACAAGUAACAAGUUCAUUUGAGGACACUUAAUAAUUAAAAUGCCUCAUGUAGCUCGGUAGUGCCCACCUGAAAUCUAGUUGCUUUGAUAUUGGACUGAGGUUUUUCAUGUUGUAGUGGUUCUACCAAUGACUGAGUGGUGUACUUCUCAUAUCAGAUUUUGUAUCACUUUGGAGCCUUUGUCAACAGGUUCCGCCUACUGGUUCAACCAAGAUUCUGCCUAUGAGUUCUGCCUACAGGUUCAACCAAGAUUCUGCCUAUGAGUUCCGCCUACAGGUUCAACCAAGAUUCUGCCUAUGAGUUCUGCCUACAGGUUCAACCAAGAUUCUGCCUAUGAGUUCUGCCUACAGGUUCAACCAAGAUUCUGCCUAUGAGUUCUGCCUACAGGUUCAACCAAGAUUCUGCCUAUGAGUUCUGCCUACAGGUUCAAAAUGAAAUGUAUGUGUUUUAUAUGCUCAUCAUCCUAUUUACCUCAAACAUUUUGACCUCAAAAAGAACUUUUCUAAGUUUUAGACAAUUGUUUUGAUAUGACAACAACUCAGGAUCGCCUGUUAUGGAUGGUAAUGCAGUCACAAAGUUUGAACAUAAGAUCUGGUUUUAUCAGAAGGAACCACACAAAGUAUUUGACAAGAUGAUAGAUUGUAGCAAGUAUCCCAGGCAUUUCCUCGACUGAGUUAUUAUGAUUUGAGAAUUGGAAAUUGACAAAUUUCCAGUUGCUGUGAUUUUGGAGGCAACUUGUAAUAAAAGUUUCCAACAUGUUACACAGAUCUGAUGACGCUUGACACAAAAUGGUCCUUGUUUUCUUGAUGCUCUUCAAAACAGGUUCUCGGGGAUUCCAUGUGAGAAAAUAGAUCCCCAGUAGCCUAUUCUUGUUGUAAGAGGCUACUAAGUGGAUUGGGUGGUCAGACUCAAUGACUUGGUUGACUUUAUGUCAAUUGUCCCAAUUUCAUGGAUCAAUCCUAAUGACGUAAAUUACUGGAUUGUCUCGUCCAGACACCAUCAUUUUCAGCUUGAUGUGUGAAAUUUUGCAGAGUGUGGUGUUCAACAACAAAGAAAUGAAACAAAAUGAUGCCCUUAAUCUUGCAAAAAUAAUUGAAAAUAUCAAUUUUCUUUAUAAGCAUUAAUGGGCUAGUGUUUGAAUUGUAACAAGAUAGUUUUUAUGGAUAAUAAACAAACAUCCCUAAUGUCAACGAUUGUUUCAAAAUAUUUUCCUUAAUUCUGAUGCUAUGAUAUGCCUACACAUAUUUUUUGUGAAUGACUUCCGUUCUGUCAGAAUACAUAGUUUUUAAUAUUUGUUUAUCAUGAUCUCAACAUAUUGGCUGAAAAAGGACAAGAUAGAGUAUUUGUAUGAAAGUUACAAGACAUGUUCGAAUAGUUGAAAACUAGCCAUUUUUUAGCUCACCAGUCUGAAAGUCAUGUGAGCUCAUGUCUUUGCCUAUUUGUCCAGCAUCUGUCAUAAUCAUCUUAUUCUCAGAAACCACUGGACCACUGAAGCUGAGACUUCACAUGCUUGUUCCUACCUUUGAUGCCACCCCAAUUUGAUCAAGAGUUUUUAAUCUGAUUUUCAGUGUGGCUGCCAUAUUGAUUAACUUUGUUUUGGGCCAUAACUCAGUCAUUUUUGUUUAAAAUUGUAAUGAACAGCUGAUAGAGGAGAAGGUCGUUAGUUCAAUCGCCGGCCACAUCAUACCAAUUAACAUUUUUAGAUGGUACGUGUUGUUACCCUACCUUGCACUCGGCAUCAUGGGGAGAAAACAAAAACUGGUCAACGCAGAGUCAGUAUAUGAUAAACUGUGGCAUGGUAUCUCAGUGGGCUAGUACUACUGUAAACAGGCACUAGUCCAGACUAGUACAAGCAGACACAAACAUGCAUAUUGCUAUAUGUGUGUAAUGGUGUCGAACAAGAUGUUAAAACCCAUUUCACCUUACAUCACCUCACCUGUUUGUGACAUUGUAAGCGUUUACUUUACUCCUCAAUUCGCUCAAAGUACAUUCUGAACACGGUAGACAUCCCGUCAGAAACCAUUGGACCAAUGUGAAUCUGAGUAUCACACGCUUCUUCCCACCAGUGACGACACACCGAUAUUUUCAACAGAUUCGAGUCAGAAUUUUUGAAUAUCAAUGCUGACAGCAACGUUUGUGUAUGUGUAUGUCUUUGUUGAAAUUUUAAGUUGUGUGACUUCAUAUCUAGGUGAGCUACAGUGCCCUUGCACUAUAUCUCCUUCUUACACUUGCAAAAUUUGAACUUAAUUUGAGUCUUUGAGUUUGGCUGAAAUGAAUGAAAAACUAUGAGCAAGUCUGUGACGUAAGAUUGUUCUACUGACUUUAUCUACAUCUAAGAAACUUGGUUUCGGUCAAACACUUCCUCAAUUUCAAAAUAUUAGAAAGUACUCUUGAAAACUUGCAAAAUCCUUAAUUUGUAUUAAAUUUUAGACAUACCUAUACAAUCAAAAGCUGUUAUAUUCCAAAAGUUCACAAUCAUUGACAUGAGCAAAAUGAGCUCACAUGCGAUUAUCAGAUUACAUAAUGAUUUCUAAAUGUUUUGACCAGUUUCUUACAUUAUGCAGUGCCUGUGGUCCAGAUAGAGGCUCUCCUGUGUUGGUUAUACACACAAAUAGUUUCUUCUUACUGCCACAAAAUGUAAUGUAAAAAUAGUCAAUCUACCUGAAAUAGUUUUUGAAACUUAUUUGUCAGAGAACCGUUUGUUUGAGUAAUGAUGAGAUGUUAGUUUUCAUUGUUUGUCAUAAAGUACAUGUUAUCGCCUCUGUGAAAGUGAUGCUGCAGUUGGUUCCGAGAAUUCAAUGAAUAUUCACUUGUUCAAGAAUGAAUUCAGUUUAAUUGUGUAGUAAAUAUGGUGUACAUGAUGUGCAUAGAUGUCUAAAUGUUGUCUGUUGUGUUUCAGUGAAAGUCUGUCCUUCUUUACAAUCGAGCUUCUAUUCUACUUACUUUCACAGGUUAGAGAAUAACUGCUUUGGCCAAUACACCAACAAACAUGUUGGGGCAAAAAAUGUUUGAGUUUCCCCAGGCCAAUUUACAGUUUCGCUUACUUAGACCAAUAUCUGUUUAAAAGCUUGCCUGGGGAAAUUAAAAAUUCAGCUUACCAAGGUCAAUAAGUUGUCUAUAAGUGACUCAGUUUGCCUAGGCUGAUAAUCAGCUUGCUAAUGAAGAGGGGAUUCUCAUGUGGUCAUGAGGGAAGGUUGUCCAGACCAGUAAACAGGUGCACUGCUUGAACAUAUAAACAUGUAAAACCGAAUGGAUAAUAGAGAAGUUAUUUUGUUCUCUGCAUCACCAUCCUGUAGAAACGCUUAUAGGUGGGAUGGUCAGCCUGUACAGGAUAGAGAAGUCAUUGUGUUCUCUGUGUCACCAUCCUGUAGAAACUCCUAUAGUUGGGAUGGUCAGCCUGUACAGGAUAGAGAAGUCAUUGUGUUCUCUGUGUCACCAUCCUGUAGAAACUCCUAUAGUGGGGAUGGUCAGCCUGGGAUGGUCAGCCUGUACAGGAUAGAGAAGUCAUUGCAUUCACUGUCACCAUCCUGUAGAAGCUCCUAUAGUUGGGAUGGUCAGCCUGUACAGGAUAGAGAAGUCAUUGUGUUCUCUGUGUCACCAUCCUGUAGAAACUCCUAUAGUGGGGAUGGUCAGCCUGUACAGGAUAGAGAAGUCAUUGCAUUCACUGUCACCAUCCUGUAGAAGCUCCUAUAGUUGGGAUGGUCAGCCUGUACAGGAUAGAGAAGUCAUUGUGUUCUCUGUGUCACCAUCCUGUAGAAACUCCUAUAGUUGGGAUGGUCAGCCUGCACAGGAUAGAGAAGUCAUUGUGUUCUCUGUGUCACCAUCCUGUAGAAACUCCUAUAGUUGGGAUGGUCAGCCUGUACAGGAUAGAGAAGUCAUUGUGUUCUCUGUGUCACCAUCCUGUAGAAACUCCUAUAGUGGGGAUGGUCUGCCUGUACAGGUUAGAGAAGUCGGCCUCGGAUGGUCAGCCUGUACAGGAUAGAGAAGUCAUUGUGUUCUCUGUGUCACCCCAUCCUGUAGAAACUCCUAUAGUUGGGAUGGUCUGCCUGUACAGGUUAGAGAAGUCAUUGUGUUCUCUGUGUCACCAUCCUGUAGAAACUCCUAUAGUGGGGAUGGUCUGCCUGUACAGGUUAGAGAAGUCGGCCUCGGAUGGUCAGCCUGUACAGGAUAGAGAAGUCAUUGUGUUCUCUGUGUCACCCCAUCCUGUAGAAACUCCUAUAGUUGGGAUGGUCAGCCUGUACAGGAUAGAGAAGUCAUUGUGUUCUCUGUGUCACCAUCCUGUAGAAACUCCUAUAGUGGGGAUGGUCUGCCUGUACAGGAUAGAGAAGUCAUUGCAUUCACUGUCACCAUCCUGUAGAAGCUCCUAUAGUUGGGAUGGUCAGCCUGUACAGGAUAGAGAAGUCAUUGUGUUCUCUGUGUCACCAUCCUGUAGAAACUCCUAUAGUUGGGAUGGUCAGCCUGUACAGGAUAGAGAAGUCAUUGUGUUCUCUGUGUCACCAUCCUGUAGAAACUCCUAUAGUGGGGAUGGUCAGCCUGUACAGGAUAGAGAAGUCAUUGCAUUCACUGUCACCAUCCUGUAGAAGCUCCUAUAGUUGGGAUGGUCAGCCUGUACAGGAUAGAGAAGUCAUUGUGUUCUCUGUGUCACCAUCCUGUAGAAACUCCUAUAGUUGGGAUGGUCAGCCUGUACAGGAUAGAGAAGUCAUUGUGUUCUCUGUGUCACCAUCCUGUAGAAACUCCUAUAGUGGGGAUGGUCUGCCUGUACAGGUUAGAGAAGUCGGCCUCGGAUGGUCAGCCUGUACAGGAUAGAGAAGUCAUUGUGUUCUCUGUGUCACCCCAUCCUGUAGAAACUCCUAUAGUUGGGAUGGUCUGCCUGUACAGGUUAGAGAAGUCAUUGUGUUCUCUGUGUCACCAUCCUGUAGAAACUCCUAUAGUGGGGAUGGUCUGCCUGUACAGGUUAGAGAAGUCGGCCUCGGAUGGUCAGCCUGUACAGGAUAGAGAAGUCAUUGUGUUCUCUGUGUCACCCCAUCCUGUAGAAACUCCUAUAGUUGGGAUGGUCUGCCUGUACAGGUUAGAGAAGUCAUUGUGUUCUCUGUGUCACCAUCCUGUAGAAACUCCUAUAGUGGGGAUGGUCUGCCUGUACAGGUUAGAGAAGUCGGCCUCGGAUGGUCAGCCUGUACAGGAUAGAGAAGUCAUUGUGUUCUCUGUGUCACCCCAUCCUGUAGAAACUCCUAUAGUUGGGAUGGUCUGCCUGUACAGGUUAGAGAAGUCAUUGUGUUCUCUGUGUCACCAUCCUGUAGAAACUCCUAUAGUGGGGAUGGUCUGCCUGUACAGGUUAGAGAAGUCGGCCUCGGAUGGUCAGCCUGUACAGGAUAGAGAAGUCAUUGUGUUCUCUGUGUCACCCCAUCCUGUAGAAACUCCUAUAGGUUGGAUGGUCAGCCUGUUACAUCCAUCUGCCCCUGCUUUCCCUUUGAGCUACUGGUCUCUUUUGUCUUGUGACCAGGGAGCACAUCAUGAUAAGAUUGGUACAUUUGUCUAUGACUUACAUGUGUCACUUGUGACGUUAAACAAAAAACAAACAAAAAGUCGAUUCUGCCCUAAUAAAUUUGUACAACCCGCUAGUAACACAUGUAACUCAUCAACAGGGAAGUUAACACUGAUGUCAGUCGACUGCACUUUGUCUUUUUACCAAAAGCAACCUGAAAUAUUUGUUCAACCAGUUUAACACUUCAAUGACUGGUCACACGUGCUGACUUGGUUAUCCCAAUUGUGUAGAGCGAUGCUCAUGAUAUCAAUCACUGGACUGUCUGGUCCAGACUCGAUUAUUUACAGACCGCCUUCAUAUAGCUGGAAUAUUGCCAAGUACAUUGUUUAACAACAAACAAACCAUCUAACAUACCUUACAUAAUGGGGCCCAGUGCCCUUAUUAUUUCAAGGUGUGAGUUUAACGCAAGAAGUAAAUGUCUACGACCUACAUUUCUCUCAUUUGAAACUGACAGUGUCAUAUCAUCGAAACCAAACCCAUUUGUUUAUGGGUAUAUUAUAAAAAUUGUAGAUUUGGCAUUUUUCACUGAAAAUGUGUAGAUUUUUGUUAUUAUGAGGGGGUUCAAGUUUGUUGAAAGCAUCAAAAUUGGAAUUACAACAUGUCCACCAGGUGCCAUCUUGGAUGCCUAAAAAUUCAAAUUUAGAAAUCUUGUUUUCCAACACUUAAAGUGCCAGAGGCCUGAACUUGGUGAGUGAGAUUGUCUCCAUACGUAGUUCCAAAUUUGUCCGAGACCUCAUGGUUGGAAAUCAUAUUGGCCAUAUUUAAGAAUACAAAACGUGCAUCAUUCGUCCUAAACAUCAUCUGCUCACAAACCACUGAACCAAUGAAGCAUGAUUGUUCCCAUCAACGUUUAUUUGGUUGUUGGAUAUUUUGUUCUUUAAAUCUUUAGUUUUAAGUGUUAAAUCUUUCAGUUAAUAAUGUUCUGUUCUUGUGCAGAAUUCUUUUUGAAUAUAUUAAUGCCGACAGCAACUUUUCUGGUAAGUGGCUUCUUGACAUUUCAAACUGUCAAGAUAUAUACAGGUGAGCUGCAGUGCAUUAGUGGCACUAUUUUGUCAGUACUUGUGUUUGUAUCAUUUAUACAAUGUAGCAGCUUGUUAUUGAUGUGUCACUCUAUUGUGACUUGCUCCUUGUUUUUCAAUAGUAUUGAUAAUUAGUUUCUUGAGGACAGGGAGGGGUCCGUAACACACUUUAGGCAGGGAUGGUCCACUAGUUUGUCAGUCUGGAUAACCGGGGACUAAUGCCUUGCACUUUGUCAGUUUUGGCAAGAUUGAUAGAAUUCAUUCACACACCACUUUUUUGCCAGAUUUUGAUGAUGCAUCUAAUGAUGAUGUGAUGAGGCAGAUGGUGUAUUGGUAUCAUCAUGCUGGGUAACACUUGUGAUGAGGUCUGUGCUUACGAUGGCCUUAGUUAACAAACCAACAAAAAGCAAGACACAGCAGCAAAGCAAGCCCUUCCCUAAGUAAAUUUCCUUUAGGAAAUUGUGGAUAUUGUGAACAAAGUAACUCCUGCAAUCAUUAAGUUUCUCAAGUGAUCAAGAGUAACUUGCCUCAUCCCAUCUCACCCCUACCUUCAUGGCACCUUCAAAGACUGGUUAACUCAGUAAAUAGAUCCCAUAGCAUCAAGGGUAUACACAUGCUAAAGCUUUGCACAUAAUGUUCUUUGUACAUGUACUUGGUGACAAAAGUAAAUACAUAUAAAAGCUAAAAUAAAGAGAGUUUAGGGGAGGGGUCUGUGCAUGCCACUCUUGAUCUGAUCCUAGACUUGCCCAAGUCUCUAAGGGAAUAUUUAUUAGUUUAAAUCAUAAUUUCUUGAUUAUAUAAAAGAUAAGAACAAGUGUAAGAAUGUUAGUGGCAUCCUUAGUACUGUCUGCUUAUCUAGACUUGAGUAUUAUAAGGAUAGAAUUACUAUGCACCCAUGGACUUACCAUUCAGUACUAUCUUGGACUUGGAGCAAGGCUAGUCUCAUCCAGACAGAUGGACAGUUGCCAACUGCUGCAAACUUUGUUUUUCAACUAUUAUUGUCCAUUAUUAAGUUUUGUUUAUUGUGUACUGUUUUAAGUCUAAGACUUAUGGAUUUAGAAUCAUAUCCCAAUACAAUAUGGUGUUUCAGUUGUAACUAUGGCAACCAUUGUGAAACUUCCCUUUAGAAGGCUAUUUGAUUUUGUGAGUGUAUAUCUGGUAUAUGUGUUGAAUUUUCUAAUUCUGUACCAUGUUUGUUUUUACAGAUACAAAUGUUUGUUUUUACAGAUACAAAUGUUUGUUUAGGUUGCCAUAUCCAAUAUGGCAGCGUGCAACUUUGUCCUGAAGGACACUGUCAUUUAUUAAAGGGUUGAGUGGGCCUGGAUUGUCAGAUUAGUGUUUAAGAAUGUUUGUGUUUUGGCCACCCAUUCUUGGCCAUUUGGUUUGUGAUCCUGCCCCAGUACACACAACUGCCAAAGUAGUUAUCAAAUGUUUUAGGCAUUUUAACCAUAUGCAGUUGUUCAUUUGGAUCACGAACUUCCCUCAGUUGUUCAGGUUUUGAGGACAGAAAUGUUCCUUAGGGAUAAAAAAUAAUAGUCUUGGUUCUCAGGCACCACCCGCAGCAUCAUAAAGUCUGCCCCACAUUUCGUUUUUAUUUCCAUUUUCAAAAUAAUAAAAUAAUCCCAAUACUUAAAAACUAUGCAUUCCAAUAUAGCACACAGUUACUUCACUUUAGGUCCGCACUGCUUUACUGUAUCUUGUGUUACGGUCCUGCUGGCAAUUGGAGUUUGUAUGCUUGCUUUUGGAGGGAGGUUAAUGGUACACAACUGUUUAUUUGGUUACAUACUAUUGUGAACAAGCCACACACACAAAAAAACCACCGCCCGCCUGCACUAUAUUUUGAAAAGUUUUGGCCAGAGAACCAAGUCUUUGAAUCCCAGAUUGGUUAUGACUUGUCAGCAUGCUCAUCACUUUGGAUUUGCCUCCCACGACAAGCUGACAUGCCCUGAUAUAACUGAAAUCUGAUAAAGGGACCUGAAACCUCAUUUACUUGCACAAUUUUUCAGGACAUGAAUCUGUGAGACCCACUUUCACUCCCACCCUCUAACUGCCAGGUCCUCCAGGAACUAGUAUUCUUGCUUCUACACAUUGCUGUUAACUUAUGCUCCAUAUAUAGCAUCAUUGAAGCAAUUCACUGACUCUGUAUGGCCAAUAUUUGGUUUUGCUGUGUAUCCAUUGUUCACGUCAAAUUAUAGCAGCAACUGCUUGUAACUUUAUCAUUUAUCGGACAAUAAAUAUUGUGUUCAGUUUUUAUGAUGAGA